CAAUAGGGAACGAGUGACGACGACGUGCUAACGAGUUAGCCGGCAAGCUACCGCUAUCUAGUGUGUGCGCGGUGGAGGUGAUUUACAUAUGAUAUAGAAUAAUAAUCCAGAAUAUAUUGAAUUUUAUUUUAGGGUAGCCAUACACGUAAUUUAAUUAUGCCCAGCAAAAAGAAGAAAUACAACGCCAGAUUCCCUCCGGCGAGGAUUAAGAAGAUUAUGCAGACAGAUGAAGAAAUAGGAAAAGUGGCUGCAGCAGUACCUGUUAUUAUUUCGAGAGCGCUGGAGCUUUUUUUGGAGUCCUUGCUUACGAAGGCCUGUCAAGUCACCCAGUCUAGGAAUGCAAAGACAAUGACAACGUCACAUCUAAAACAGUGUAUUGAAUUGGAGCAACAGUUUGAUUUCUUAAAAGACCUGGUGGCGGCAGUGCCGGACAUGCAAGGAGAGGGGGACGAGAACCACACCGAGGGGGGAGGAGAAAAAGUCCCUCGCAGGGGUCGAAAACCAGGAUCUGGACGUAAGAACGGAGGGGCCGGCUCCAAAGGCAAGGACAAGAAGUUGUCUGGCACAGAGUCAGAGCAAGAGGAUGACUCUGAAGAUAGCGAGACAGAAGGGGACGAGGAGGACGGCUCUCAGUCAAGCACAAAUCUACAGGCUGCAUCCAGGUUCCACAGCUCAAACGCGCCCCCCCAGUACAUGCACAUGGGCAACAUGGUGUCAAUGGGCAGCAUGGCUCCAGCACAGCCCCAGGGCGGCAUGGCCUUUGCCCCGCACCCCUCCAUGAUGAGUGUCGCACCGCCUCCCCCAGCCCCCGCGCCGCACAAAGACGAGGACGACGACGAUGAAGACUACGACUCUUAGCUCCCGUCUUCCCUUCUUCACCACUCGCUUGCACACACACACAUAAACACACACACACACACACUCUUUCAAAGUUAUUUUCGAUCUCUUAAGUUGCUCUUGCGGCGGCCGCUCUAAGCAGAGGAGGGAAGGACUCUUCAUCACAGCCUGCUGACAUAAAAACCCUCGACGGUGGGCUGUAAGAGACACCGCCGCAGGACACAGAAAAAUGGUUGUAUAUUAUGUGUUUUAAUUUUUUUUUUUUUUUUUUUUAAAAGGUUUUAUUUUAUUGUAGAGGAGAAUCCAACGAGGAUGUUUUUUAACAAGUCAGUCGUUCUAUUUUGACUAUUAAAAACGACAGUCGUCACUGUUUUCGCCACGAGCCCCUCGCAGACAGGAUAGGUGUAGUUUUUGUUGCCUCGUAGCUUUUUUUUUUUUUUUUUGGCACUUUUCCUCUUUCUUCCUCAAAAUCCUCUGUAGUAGGAACGAUGAAGUGAACGCAUCGGUCGUCAUGCAAACCCUCAGGUUGGCUGAAACAUUCUAGAAGCGGUAGUUAAAGCCUUAUUAAAGCCUUCAGUGCUCAUGCAGUGGCAGGUAAUAGAGAUGAAUUCAGGGCAGCAGCUUGUAAAGAACCUGGAAGGUGGACAGCAGUUGUCUAAGGGAAAAAGGAGGGUCGCUGUCUCACCCGUGAAGUGUUAUAUUACUGUGUUAUUGAUUGGCUAUGAAUUACCACUGUUAAGAUGUGAGCCCCACUUCCGGGCUUUGCCGCUACUUGCUGGUCAAUUCAAUUGUCGGGCUGUAACAUAAACAAAGGAAGCAGGUGUAUUUUUACUCUGGGUUAGCUAGCCACAGCUUUUUUUUUUUUUUUUUUGAAAUUAGUUUCUAUUUUUAAUUGAUGUUUUUUAUCAAGAGAACUGGUCAACCUCUGUGACCACAGCCCUGAAGACAACCACAUAUCAACAGGUUAAUGAUUUACAUCACGUUGUUGUUGUUGUUUUUGAUGCCAUCAGGCCUUUAGACCUUUAAAUUCCCCCUGAAUUGCCCAUCAGAUGCGUACUGUGAUUCUGGAACCAUGACUUU